GGUUGAAGCAGCAGCAGUAGCAGUCUUGUAUGUGGAUCCCUGGCAAGAGGGCAGCAGCAGCAGCUUCAGGAGAUACAUCCCAGACCAAACUGCCUGAGCAACAUGGUCGUUUUAAGAACCGCCGCUUGCCUGUGCAUGCUGGUGGGCUUCUCGCUUCAGGUGGACGUGAAAAGUGGGAAAGAGGCAGGAAAAGCCGGGAAUUUCAUGGAAGAUGAGCAAUGGCUGUCAACCAUCUCCCAGUACGGGCGUAAGAUCAAACACUGGAAUCGCUUCAGAGACGAAGUUGAGGAUGACUACAUCAAAAACAUGGAGGAGAACAUGGGCUCUGAUGAAACUAUGGACACCACCAAGGACCCGUGCCAGAAUGUGAAGUGCAGCCGCCAUAAGGUGUGCUUUGUUCAGGGCUACCAGAGGGCCAUGUGUGUGAAUCGCAAGACACUAGAGCACAGAGUCAAACAGUCUGGGCAGCUGGAGGCCCAUGAAAGCAGCUGCAAGCCUUGUCCUGUUGCUGCCUCCUCACCUGUAUGUGGCUCUGAUGGACACAACUACGCCUCUGAGUGUAAGCUGGAGCAGCAGGCCUGCCUCACAGGCAAAGAGCUGAGCAUCAUGUGUGCUGGCUUCUGUCCCUGUGCCACUGCCUCCGUUACCCUCACAAAUACUGACACGAAACGUGACAGCUGCACCGGCCAGGACCUGGCAGACCUGGGUGACCGCCUGAGAGACUGGUUCCAACUCCUUCAUGGAAACGCGAAGCAGAAUAACUCUGGCAAGCUCGGAGCUGGCAGCGCUUCAGCGCUGGACAAGAGCCUUGUCGCCAGCUGCAAGGACUCCAUUGGCUGGAUGUUCUCAAGGCUAGACACCAAUAGUGACUUGUACCUGGACCAAGCUGAGCUAGCUGCUAUUAACCUGGAUAAGUACGAGGUCUGCAUCCGACCUUUCUUCAACUCCUGCGACAGCUACAAGGAUGGAAAGGUCUCUACGGCAGAGUGGUGCCUCUGCUUCUGGAGAGAAAAGCCACCGUGCCUCGCCGAGCUGGAGAGGAUCCAAGUGCAGGAGGCCACCAAGAAGAAGCCCGAGAUGUACAUUCCCAGCUGCGAUGAAGACGGCUACUACAAGAAAGUGCAGUGUGACCAAAGCCGAGGGGAGUGCUGGUGCGUCGACCAGCAUGGUGGAGAGUUGAUGGGCACCAGAAUCCAUGGCAACCCUGACUGUGAUGAAGUGGCGGGAUAUUCUGGAGAUUUUGGGAGUGGAGUGGGAUGGGAGGAUGAAGAGGAGAAGGAGGCAGAGGACACCGGAGAGGAGGCGGAAGAGGAGGAAGAAGAGGAGGGCGAGGCAGACGAUGGAGGAUACAUCUGGUAGAACUGUCUGACCCCACGGGGAGAGCCGAGUCACAGCCGCUGGCCUGAAGAUCUACAGGGAUGGCUCUCUUCUCACAGCAAAAGAUUUUGGGACCGGAUCGGGAAGGGAUGGAGUUGUGUAUCAUCCUGGUGGGAUAUGUGGUGCUGGGCAGGUCCAGGGACAAGACGAUAACCAGUUUUUGUCUUAUAUACGUGUAAUUGCUUCAUUCUCUUGUCUCUAUUUUUUGAGCAACAGAGCUUUUUGUUUUGCCGUCCUGAAAAGCAGAAACCACUGACUGCUGCGCCAUAGGUAGCUAAAGUCCAUCAGAACUCCCGUGUUGUCCAACCGCCAUCUAUGCAUAUAGAGAUUACCAGUAAUUUUGUAUUGUGUGAACAUUUGCUUGAGUAUUAGAGCCACUGUCCCACUGGAUUAAAUAGAGAUUAGAAUUUAAAGGAAUAGUUCGACAUUUUGGGGAACAAAAUGCUUUCCUAUUUGCUUUCCUUCCAAGAGUUUUAUAAGAAGCUCGAUACCACUGUUAAAUACAGUAUAGAGAGCCAAAGUCACGCUAUUCUACUUCCGGUCCAUGGGACCUAUCUUUAGAAAAAAUAUGAACAGGAGUCAAUGAGAGGUACUAAUUCUUUUUUGGUCCAGUUUGAUUGUGCCAUGCAUUUCACAAAUGAUGUGUGUAAAUUUAAAAGAUAAUUUAACAUGUCAAGAGAUAAACAAUUUGAUGUCAAAAGUUGAAUAACAUUAGGUUUUCUAUGAGAUCACUUAGUGAACUUCUGGCGUGUCGAACCAGAGAAAUAUGGCUGUCUCCCUCUCGAGCUUUACCGUCUUCUUCCAAGACGAGGGCAUAAGUAUCAAAAGAGGUAAACACCAUUAUAAAUCGGGUCAUGUCGAGAGCUGCAGCUACUCAGAGUGGAGGCAAAAUGUGGUGAUGUCAGGUAGGUGACUUGGACUUGUAGUCCAUCUGAUUAUGUAUUUUACCAUAGCAUUUUACUUAAGUAUCUUGCAACAGACUGACAUUUUUGACAUGUAAAAUCAUUUUUUAUUUUGAAAAACAUCACAUGUGGUAUCCAAGUCGAUAGGGACCAGAAAAUAGUUAGUCUUUUACCAUUGACCACCGUUCAUUUUUUUUUUCAAAGAUCGGCCCCAAUUAGGCAAACAGAAGGGGUGGGACUUUGGCUGAAGCUAGAGCAAUGAGGCGGUUAGCUUAGCUUAGCAUAACGGCAGGACACUGCUCUUUCUAAAGAAAGAACAAAAUCAGAACAUAACUUCUAAAUCUCACUAAAUAACAUUUCUUUUUUUUAUCUGUACAAAAACCACAGUCUAACAACAACAACAUCUUGGGUUAUUAUGUGCCGGACUGUCCAGGGAGACACUGCACCAGAAAAAGCACAGGCCGGCACAUAACAUCCUGUAAAAAUGCAAAUAGUUUUUACAGUUUUUGUUUAAAGUAAUGAGCUCUAAUGUUUUAAUUGGUGAGCUUUAUAGAUGCUGGUAGGUGGAUUUUGUUGACUUUGGACGGAGCCAGACUAGCUUAUUUUUUAGUCUUUAGUAAAUAGUAUGUCACUGUUGUGUUCACAACUUGUUUUUGCUGCCCUCCAGUGGCCAACCAAACCAAUUAUUGCAGCGUAGCUAAGCUAAUCAUCUCCUGAUUGUAGCUUCAUAUUUAUGGUACAGAUAAAGAGAAGAAAUAUAUCUUUUCAUCUAUCUUGAAAUAGAUAGAAAUAUUUCCCAGAAUGUUAUAAUUUUGUUAAAGCAGAUCAGUGAAAUGUGGUAUGGAUUUCCAAACUGAUUCUGUAAAUAUAUACAUCCAGUGUAAAGGAUCUGUGAAGAUAGCUUCAAGGAUUUCAGGUUACUCCGGUUUCAAGCUACCUUUACGAUAUAGUUGCACCACAGCUCAAUGCAGUUUUUAAAUUUACAUGCUUUACGCAUUAAGUGGAAAGGCACAACUAUACAGGACCUACGUUUCCAGUUAGAUUACUUUAAUUAUAACUUGUAGAAUGUACUUAAAUGACCCAAACUGCACCCACAGUUGAAACCACAAGUCACUAACUCUGAAAUCAUGUCAAAGAAUGUGCCACUACUAUCUUUCAUUCUGAGUUUGCAACGUGAAAAACUGUACUUUGUUAAAAAAAAACAAAAAAACAAUUGUGUGCAUUACUUGAAGUUCUGUGUGUAUACUUGAAUUCACAUUGUAUUUUUUUUUCUAUGAGAUCACUAUUUCCAUGUCUUCAUUCAUGCUAUUAGGCCAGCCAUUUGGUUGUUUUUAGUAUUGCAUGUUAGUGAAUAAGAAUGUACUUCUAGGCUGAGCACUUUACUAAUAAAGGCACUGGAGCCAAA